AGCGGGCCUAUUUCGAAAUUAUUUACUGUCCCUGCAGAAUCCAGCAGAAUGGAGAGAUCUUCUUCGGGUGCAGGUUAAAAAAUUAAAGAAUAGGUUCGAAAUUAACUACCCAGGGGAAGCUUUAAGUUUUGGCCAUGAAAAUCAAACUUGGAAGUACUGGCUCUGUCCUUGCUGCUCCAAUCUAGGGUUUAAAUAUUUUGAAUCAAUGUGGCAGCAUGUGCUGAAGGAGAAUCUGCAAGAACCUUCUGAAGAAUUGAAGUCAUUAUUCCCUAAGCCACUUGAUCAAGAUUGGGCUGACAAUCUUAUACAAGGCAGUUGGGAGCCUAUUGAAAUCCAUGCCACGACAGCGAAUGACAACCUACAACGGCCGCUGUCUACUGAUACUGAGAGAAGAAAUCAUCUCCGAAGAAUCAAAUACAAUUUUUGGAUGCUUAUCACUAAUAAUUGCUUGUCGGUGAGCCAUAUUGACAAUGUAUUGAAAUACGCCAUGGGAGAAAUUCAAGUUCUUCCGUUUGCGCAAGAACUACAGAACGUCCAAACAGGCGAUCAGUUGGUACGUAUUAUCCGAUUAUUGAAUUCUUUGCAGCUCAAGGAAGUACUUGAUUUCUUAGAGAGACUCAUGAAAUCUUGUAAGCUAGGCCCAUAUGCUGAGAGUCAUGGCCCUUCUCAUGAUGCAUUUCUUGUUAGUCUGGAGGAUGAUGUCAGAAUUGGGGUCACUCCUGAUGAUAGUUUCUUGUAUAUUGACUUGGAUAUGAAGUCAUUAUCCAGCAGUGAAAAUACAUCCUCCCCUCAUGAUGAAACAUGGAGUCCCCCUGAUGUUAAUUCGAUAGUUUGUUGGUUAUAUGAAGAUCAAGAUCUUACGGAGAAGAUCGAAGCUUCCACACAAAGACAGGAUGAGGCUGAUAAAUAUUUUAAGAAGUUACAGAAUGAAUAUAAGGAACUGACUUUGAAUUGCAGUCAAAAAUGCAAACUCCUUGAAUAUCAGGAUGCUCUAAAAUGCUUAAAACAUAAGUGCGAGAACGAAUUUGUGGAAACGAGCGCUUCUGCAGAGAGUCAGAUACAAUGUAAAAAAGAGCUUCCUGAAAGAGCUGAAAGCGGAGAUGAUUCUGUGGUCAGUAAUAGUUCUGAUAUCUCUACAGAAGAAGAAGCUUUCGAAGAGUCCAGAAACAGGGAUGGUUCUGUAAAUCAGCCUGACAACAAUGAUGAAAACAAUUCGAGAACAAAUUCCAAAAAUAACUCCUGCAUAAAUUCAGCAUUCAGGGAAAUAGAUGAGACAUCAAAUGAAAAGCUCUGCAUAGCCGAUGCAAAGAUCAUGAAGAAUAUUGCUACCAUCAGGCAUUUGAAGCUCAAUCUUGAAAGAGCUUGUGUUAUCAAUGAUCGUGUAUAUCUUUUACCUCUCCUGAGAGUUUACAUGAAGGAAGCCCUUGAGCUAAGACUAACAGAAUCUGAACCACACGUUGAAGACUCUUUCACUGAACCCUUACACGAUGAUGAGGAAAAUAUGGAUAAGAGAGAAGAUAGCCAGAAACAGCUAUGGGAAACCUCAAGGGGUAAAAAGAAAGGCAGUAGUUCCAAAAAGUCUAAGGGUAGAAAGUCUAGAUAGCCUUGAAUUUUGUUCAGCUUGUUUUACUGCAACUGUUAAUACAUCCAGAUCGCUUUGAGCUGCAUGGUGCUAGAAUUUAUAACAAUCUCAGCUUUAUGAUGCUAAAAUA